AGGUAACAGUCGGGAGUGGUCGGAAAAGAUAAUGAGCUAUGGGCUGUGCGGCUAAAAUAAAAAUUUUAAAAUUAAUAAAAAAAUUUGGGAAGAGCAAUUUUACGGCCGUAGAUAGAAUUUUCCUGUACAGAAAAUCUUUGUCAUCGGUCUCGGAGGGAGGGUCGGCCCGACCCGACCCGAUACCUAACCCACCCGGGUCGAGGUACAAAAUGGCAUGUUAGAGAGAUCCAAGCUCCCACCAAACCCUAGCAGCCGCCUGUUGCUCCGUCCCUUUCGCCCGCGUCUCCGUCUCCUCUUCUUCUCCGCCCAGCAGCCGCCGGCCGACUGCUCGCCUUCUCUUCCUCCCGUCCGGCAGUCCCUUCUCUCUCCUCCGGCGGGCGACCGGAGUUUCUCCGAUUUAAGGCAAGCACUUAAAAGUUUCUUCUAUUUUAGUUUUCAGAUCCAGUGAGAUCCAACCGUUGAAUCGUUUUGGUUUUUGGGUACGUGGGUCACAAGACCAAGGCGAUUCUGAUAAAGACACAUUACUAAUCAGUUCUCUUAGAAUCAGUAGCAACCCUAAAUCUGUCUCUCCACUGUUGGUUGCUUCUUCUUCGUCGGUCUUGUAAGCUUCUUCCAUUGUCAUCAUUCUCGGUAACUAUAUAUAUACAUGACUCAAAUACUGAAAAGAGAGAAAUGGCAGGGCAAGAGACUGUGAAGCAGCUUGAAGACUGCUCAGUUUCCAAUGCACUGGGCACGUGGGUAUUCUCUGUGGCUGGUGCUUUGCUUGCAAUCCCAGUGGGGAUAAAGCGGAAAUCAUUGGCGCCCCUUGUGUUCUUCGGUACCACUGGUACAAUGCUAGACAUAAUCAUUGGAAUUAGCCAAUGCGAAAGGGAACAUGCUGAGCGACAAAUGAAGCUUCUAGAAGCACAGAAUGCUGCUGCUGCCGGUGCCUUGGCAGAGACAGAUGCCGAUUCCUGAUAUGAACUUCACGUGCUCAUAUUACGACUCUGCUCUCAACCAUGUAGCUGUCAAUCGGGAAUCUCUACAUGUGUAGCUUCAUCGAGGUGGAAUUUGUUUUCAUUUCUUUUACCAUUAAUGGAUGAGCUUUGGGAGGAGAUCCACUCUUGGGUUAUGUUCAUAGUAUGGUAUGCUCAUACUUCUGAUAAAGUAAAGAGUAGAGUUAUUGAUUGAUAAUAAA